AAUAUCUUCGGUCUUGCAAAAUUUUACAAAUUUAACAGGUUCUUAAGGACGAAUUCCACGCUCCGUCGUUGACGAAACGUCGUUUUAAGGUAAGCUCUGAGAUAAUUCAUUAAACCAAGUGGAUUUUUGUCUCACCCACUCGCAGUGUUCCAUCAGUAACAUUGCCAGUUUGUAUUAACAAAGAAAAAUUUUUUGCAUUGUAAAAUAAAGACAAUCCGGUAUGAGGCGUGGGGUCUUGGUUUCAUAUAGGUCUUCCAGCAAAGUGAGCCGGCAACAACACACUAGACCAUAUGAUCGCAGACAAGAGCAAGUUAUGAAAAUGUUAUCGAUCUAAAGUGCUGUGUCCCUGCUUACUCCAUUUUUUUCUUAGAAGAAUAUUUAGUGAGAACCGAGAAAACUGAGUGUUACGAGAUAAUCUGAAGCCUUUUUCCUUUUUAUUUUGAUUAUAAACUACCGUCUACGUGUUACAUCCUGUUCGCAUUAUAGAAAUUGAAAGAGGAAACAGUUGUCACAAACAUAUGUUUCGAGGGGAAGAUGUAAAACGCUCCUUGCUUAUUAAAUGAUAAAAAACUUGGCAGAUAUUUUCAGUCAGAGAAAAAUUUAUGGCGACAAAUCAAAAAACGAAUUCUUUAACGUAUCAUUUGACUUCUUUUGAAAUAAUGUAGGUUUAAUUAAGAACACAGCGUAACUGAAUAUUUAUCAGCACACCUGUGGAAAAUGAAAAUAAGCCUAAAUCCAGCUCGUACAUAGAUUUUGGAAUAAUUGAUCGUCUUCUUUACUCUUUUUUUUGUCCUACAUAAAUUAACGAGUGAACCACAUGCUCCUCGUUCUUGUUCGUCAUAACUCGAGUCGGAAAUUUAACGAAAAUUUGAAAUGAGAUUGCUUAAUUGCAUUUGUUUGUUCCACAUAAAAUCAUGAGUGCACCACGUGCUACCCGUUGGUGAUUUUCAUUGAAGGCAUUUUGGGUGGCGAAUAUUUAUCUAUUAGUUUAGUUUGAAAUGACCGAAGGAAAUAGUCCAAUAUGAAAGAAAGAAAACAUUACAAUUAAUCCGAGUCAUUUCGUUAGUGCCAUACCUCCUGACUGUGGUGUACUCAAAGUUCUACGGAGCAUGCCCGAAGGUGUGGUUGCAAAAACAACAUGGUGCGAUCGGUAAGAAGUAAAGAUCGUGUAGAUUAUUGUUGCUUCUUAAGGCAAAAGGGAAUAUAAACCCGGGGUAAAAUUGUAUCAAGUGGAAAGACUUGUCAGCAAGCGGAAAUGGUCGAACAAAGUUUCGCAUAUUAUCAUGAUAAUUGACACUGAGUUGCAAACAGUGGACGGCUGAUUUUAUUACUGGCGUAUUUACGUGUACACUAUAAUAAAUCACAUUUGAAAUACCUACCUUAAAAUGCCUGGCUAAAUUUCCAAAGUGGCUACCAAAACAACGAAAAAAAAGUGCCGAUGCGGCGAGCGCUUUCUGUAUUUUUUUGCCCUGUUGUGACACAUCCCUGGUGAAAAUCUUUGAAGGAUCUUUAACGAUCCUAAAAAAUCUUUAUGAGAACCUUUAAAGAUCUUCAAAAUUCUUGUUAAGAUCUUAAAGGAUAUUUCAUUCUCUUGCCAGGAUCUUCAAGGAUCUUCAAAGUUCUUGUGAAGAUCUUCAAGGAUCUUUCAUUUUCUUGCCAAGAUCUUUAAGGAUCUUUCAUUUUCCUGUCAAGAUCCACGAACAGUUUUCAUGUCAAAUAUGCAGUAAACUGCUUCCGUAUCACCCUUUGUUUUCAAGGUGUCCGAUCAGGUAUAACUGAAAAUGACACCUCACUUUGAUAGGAAUCCUUUUGUUGUUGCUUCUUACUUCCUGAAAUUAUCACUUGAAAUUCGCUCGGUAAUGUAAAAAAAAAACAACAACAACAACGCGAGUAAUACAUAUAUAUCCAAAUUCUUUCAUCACAGGAAAAGUUGUAGGACCUGAUAGCAUCUUAGGGACGGACCAUUAGAUUUUUGAUGCGGGUGGGGGGGGGAGUAUUGGGAUGUUGGGCAAUAACCCCCGAAAAAAUCGAGCACGGGCUUUAUGGAAGAAAACGAAUCGUGCAAUUGGCCAAACCCCCCCCACCCGCAUCAAAAAUCUAAUGGUCCGUCAAUAAGGUACUUUUUACAUUAUUCCAAAAUGGGUUUCAUUCCGGAAUGAAAUGAAUUUCAUGCCACGUUGACAUGCAAGAUAAUUUAGAUUAUAAAAACAGGUAGUAAAAACAAGUAUUUACGUCCCUUUUCUAUGCUUCCCUGGCUCCUACAGAGGAUUCAUACAGAUAUGAGUGUCGUACUGCGUUUACAUUAUACAGGUACAAAAGGUCGUCCAGAAUAAGUGUUUCUUUCUGGAAUGAAAACCUCAGUUAACUCAUUCAGAAAUGACUCGUUUCGAAUAAUUUUACUCUGGCAUCAUGUGGCAACCGAGAUAAACUCAUUCUUGAACAAAACUCAUUCCGAUAUUAUGUAAAAGGCCCCUAGGAGUUUUUAUUCCCAGAGCAUCAUGCUAUGCUUUCCUGCCAGAACACUAUAAAUUUCAAUAGCGUUGAAGCAACAACCCGCUUUGAACUGUUACGCUGCCACUGAAACAACGAUUAGUGACCACAAAAGUAACAUAAUGUAAUAUUUUCAAUUCAACAUAAACAAAAAUCUUCAUACAGGUUAAAUAUUCAUUUGUGUUGGUAUCAAUUAUUGCGUGACUAGCUUCUGAUAUAGCUGCGAUAGGGGAAAACACAACGUAAAACCUGGGCUCCCGGCAAGAAGUAACACCCAAGCGUAAUAUAAUGACCGAAACAGCUUAUUGGUGUUAUAAAAUCAUAAAUAAACUAGGUAAGAGUGUUAAGUUAGAUUUUUUUUCAAAUUGUAGCGAUUUAUGCCUCCAUAUGCCAAUAAAAGGUGGCGACAAAUAGACCCACCAUGUAUAUUUCAUAGUCGCUAACAAAUAAAUUUUGCCGGACUUUGAGUUCGUCUCACGAUAGAACAACACAAUUAAACAAGAAAAUUUUUAUAGUAACCUUAUAACCAUCCUUUUUUUAUUUUAAAAGCUAGAAGCUCAGUAGAUUCUGUCGUAUUGGUCAUUGUUAAAACUGUCUUUGUUCUGAUGCUACUUUUUGACAUAGAAAAAGUAUGUCGGACAAAAAUAUUCACCAAAAAAUAAAUAUUUUUGUGCCAGCCUCAAUAAUGUCAGGGGAUUAAGUUUAGAUGAUAAAACAAAGGAUUGUGUCAACAGAAAUACCGGAGAUCAAGUAAAUUCGUUACAUGAGGUCACACAACUCGGGUAAUAUUCAGAGUGAAAAUUUGCAUAUUUGAGCGGUCGAACGAAAAAAAGGCAUUUCUCAAAAACUAAAAUAUAUUUUCACAAAAAACCUACACCACAACUAUCGGGACAUAUUGGGCUACAAAAUAUGAAAGUAGAAGAGAAAACGAAUUUGGGCGACUUGCCGCUGUUUGUCUGAUGCAUGUUGACAUUAGCUCUUAACUGGCUUCUGGUUUUGUGUCUAUGUAUCCCUCCCAUUCUCAGAAGGGAAAUAAUAUUUAUUUUGCUACUGGGUAAUAUGUUGAACUGAUGUUUACAACCAUUUUCAAUCACCUUUUUUUCAGGCCAGGAUGACUUAAAAAGAACAACUUUUUAGGAAGCAUCAGUCUUCUUACAGUUGCUAUGGCUACAGGAAGAAGUUCAAUUAAAGUUCCAUGUGAAAAUGAAGACUUACCUGACAAAGAAAAUGCACCAGAUUUUGACGAGGACACUUUACGAGGUGAGCUAGGUUCAACUUCGGCUUCAGUUAUUGUUAGAGCAAUUUCUAUUCGAUCAGUUUCAAGAAUGCAAGCAGAUGUGGAAAAGGAUACAUACACUGUAUGACCACUUUAAAGGAUAUUUGGCCAGUCAUGACUCUCUUCUAUGAUUACAAGAUGCUGUUCAUUGAGAAGAUCUGUGACACAGAAACUUUUGCUAUUUUCUUUUCUAACAGUUCAAAGCAAUAACACAAAGUUAUAAUAAGUUAAGACUUUAUUUGAUCAUCAUAUGACAUCCAUUGUAAGUUUGCAUCAUAGGUACCAUCAUCAUCAUCACCAUCAUCUUUCUAUUUUAAUGAAACAUAAUUACUUUGAAACCUUCAAAAUUCCCUCCUUUCUCCUCGAGCAACCCACAGGCAUUUGAUCUUCAUCCAAGCCAAAGAGGGUGGGCGGGGGGGGGGGGAGGGGACUUAACCCUGCCUGACUGGCGUUAGGGAAUUUGAAUAAAAACUGUCACAUCUAAUUUCCAGUAGAGUACAAGUGUUAAUUAUCAUUGAAUAUGGAGGUGUUUAAGGUAGAUAGUGUACUUUCACUAACAAAUGGCUCAGAAGAAAUAAGACUUCAAGGUCUAGGUUUUAAAGCUUGGUCAAUUAGUUUUUAAAGCUUGAUCAAUUAGUUGAAAGUGAAAUUGCUAAUUAUUUCGCCUUUUACAUAAGAUUGUGUGGGGCAAUUGAACAUUUUAUUAAUUUUUCCUAGGGAAUAGGAAUUUUAGUAAACCUAUCUCCAAAAUAUCUCAUCUCCAGGGGUUUACCUCGAAUUAAGUGAUGCUUAUAAUUCUCAUCAUUAUUCUUACCCAUGUUGUCACCUACAUUGUUAGCAUCAUCAUAACUAUUGAAAAUCUGCAGAUUUGAAAUCUCCAGGUCUUGGCAGCUCUGACUAUACACGAAUAAUUAUUAACUACGACCACAGACUUUGACACCCAUUUUUAAAUUUUUUUUCGAAUUAUUUUAUUUUCUCUUUGCAGCCACAGCUGAUGUUUAUAGGAAUGAGGGUAAUGAGGCCUUCAAGAAAGGAGAUUUCAUCAAUGCUAUUCAUUUUUACACCGAAGGAAUUAAAAUGAACUGCAACGAGAAAGAACUGAAGGUCAAACUGUACAACAACAGGGCAAUUGCACAUUCUAAACUUGGUAAGAUGAUGAGAGCUUUAAUAUGCUUUUUUUUUUUCUAUUUUGAAGCUAUUGAGUUGUCAGUAGUAGUUUUCUGAAAAAAGGUGAUGAUUUUGAAUGCAUGCCCGGAAAAAUUUACAUCUUAUCUUGGCCUCUCAAAUAUACAAAGAAGUAACCUCUUACCCCAGAUAUCAACGAGCAUCACAAAAUUUUCCCAAAAUUAUAGUAAUGGCAGUUGGUUUGCAACGUGUAUGGUUAAUCAGAGAUAUUUAUUUCAAUAACAGGAAAUCACCAGGAUUCACUAAGGGAUGCAGAAGCAGCCAUUGAGUUAAAUCCAACUUUCCUUAAGGCAAUUGUGAGAGGUUAG